ACGCACGACCAGGGGAGAGGAACCUCGGAUCCCCUGGAUCCCUUCGGAAAGCCCCGUCCCCCACCGCUCCUGUAUAAUAUUCGCCCACCAUCGCCACAACUUGCAUGGGGGUCGAUGACUAAUUGCGUCAGAUGCACUGCAUCGGUGCAUCCCCUUUCUCUCUCUCCUUCCCUCCCUCCCUCCCUCUUCUCAUCUAUCAGCACUCACAGGAUCGGCCCUACAAUCCUCAUACCAAGCUAAGACUGGCAUGGAAAGAUGCUGCCGUCGAUCUCAUCAGGUAAGCUGUAGCUGUAGCUCUCGCACGAAACGAUCGCAAUCUGCGUUUGUUCGAUGCAGGUGUUCGCGUGUGAUCGUAUGUGUUCACGCGUCGGCGUGCAAUUAAGUAUCUUUCUUGGAUUGGAACUUGGAGAGCGCGCGCUUGCAUGUAUUCGUGCUUAACUAGGAGCUUAUUUAGUUCGAUAUAUGCUUUAGUUCCGCCAUGAUCGACCUAGCUAGUCGCUAUCAAUCGACCGUCCUCACGUCCUGUAUGCUUAGUACUUCACUAGAUCUAAUUUUGUUGGAUCGAGCACUAUACUGCUCGAUCUCUUUUUUACCUGCAUAUUCCUUCAGCUAACGGGUAUGGUCUCUUUUUCAGAAAGAACAUGGAAUUGAACGUCUUUUGCCUCCUUUAUGAUGAAUUUCUUUCCCUUUGUCUACGGCUUUACCAACUUUUCUUGAUAAUAAAAUAGCACUCGCACGUAUAGCUUACGCAAGGAACCGAUCAGUUCGAUCGCUUCUCGAGCUGAUUGAAUCUUUUUUUGGCAAAACCGCAGGCUAAUAACUAGAUCUGAUCUGAUUCAGCAUGCUAGCAGUCAGAGUUACGAGAGCUUCAGCUCCCAAGACUCUAGCAUAGUAGCAUCACGCUGCAUGUGUGCCUUCAACUUCAAGAAGACACACGCAAAGGCCAGGGGCAUCAACUGAUAGCAGCGCCUCAUGUUCUUGAGCCCGAGAAAUGAGCCCCAAGAGGACACCCAAGAACUGAUCAACAGUACUGGUCCCAACUGCUGCCCAUCAUCUGCCGCACCCGGCGACAUGGAGAGCGGCGGAAGAGCGGCUGCUCGCACUUCGACGUCUGACCAGCUGAGAGUCCACACGGAGGAGCCUAGCCGCGGCGGUAGCUUCUGGGCCAGGCACUUCUCGGUGUCGUUCCUGCUGCUCGUGGGCGUCACCGCGUCGCUGGUGAUCCUCCCGCUAGUGCUGCCGCCGCUCCCGCCGCCGCCGUCGAUACUGAUGCUGGUGCCGGUGGCAAUGCUGGUGGUGCUGGUGGUGCUGGCGUUCAUGCCGACGUCGGUCAGUCGCAGCGGGACGGGCCCGGCAUACUUGUAGAUAGCCACGUAGUUUUCUUGUUCUUGUUCUUUUCCAUUCGGAGGAUUUUGUGAUAAAGAGGUUUCGCAUGAAUCAAUUUAAGAUCCUCCUCUGGCCUGCUUAUAAAUCA